AUGAAAAGUCCAGAAAUCAAUCUAAGUGAAUAUCAAAAUGAACGAGAUGACAGAGAUCUCGAUAAAGAAAGAGAUGAUGAUGAUUAUUCUCUGAAACUAUAUGACCAACCUCAACCUAUAAAUGAAAAUGAUGAUUUUAACAAUUUUAAAGACAUUGAAAUAGAGUAUGAUGAACUAGAUCACUUAUCUUCUGAUUUGGAAACUUUAAGAAAAUGCGAACAUGAUAUGGAUGAUAUUAUACCAAUGCAAACAAACAAGAAAAUUCUAUUUAAAGAACAUCUUGAAAGUUACGUUGAAAAGCAUUCUAAGGGAUAUAUUAAAGAUAUUGGAAAACAUCGUUGGGAUUCUCGUUUUUAUUCAGAAUUUAUGACUAUUUGUCUUGAAAAAAUGUGUCAUCGUCGAAGUGCCAUUGCCAAAGAUAUACAACUGGCACUUUUCAAGGUAUUUCCUGAAGUUCCUAAAAUAAAAGCAAAUACAGUAGAUGACACUGGACUUCCAACGAUCAAUACAAUUAUCAUGAAGGCUAUGCCUAGAGAAGAUAAAGAAGAACGAUUAAAAUCACAACAAAUUCCAACUGAAGAUGACGAUUUAAAAGACGAUGAUAGAUCAAAUGAUUAUAAUAGCACUGUCGAAGAGAAGAUUUCAGAAGAAAAUCAUUACGAAUCUGAGGAUGCUAUAUUAUUUGAAUGA